UGCAGCACAAUAGAUUAGUUUUCGUUUUAUUUCAACAGUCAGUGAAUUGGUGAAUAUACAGUAUAUUUAAUAACAUUAGCAUAUAACGUAACAAUAACAUAGUUACAACUUUAAAGAUGAAACAGUAUGACCUUUGAUGGGUAUUUCUGUAUGUAGUCAUAUUUUUUUCAGUUAUGAAAUUUAGAAACAUGGAGUAUGUUAUGUUACAUUUUACAAAGAUGGACCACUAAGCUUUAUAUUUUGUUUUAAAUGAGCAGUCAGGCUGCGUACUUCCUCUCAACAAGAAGUUUCCUGAAUGUAACAGUCAUACAAGACUAUUAACUGCCACUAACACACACAAGGGAAGUCGCACAUGCUUCUUGAGGCUGAGAAAACAACCAUGAGUCUGAAACAACAGGAAAACUACACCAGAAUGGAUAACGACACACUGGCCAUGUUUGACAACAAAUUGGCCAGUGAUCUUGUCUCGGCCAUCUACAUCGUUGUGACUCUGGCCAACCUCAGCGGCAACGGUGUCUCUCUGUUCCUGCUGUUGAUGCGUACCUCCCCAAAGACUUCCUCCAUUAUCUUCAUGAUCAACCUCACCCUCACUGACCUGGUACUGGGCACCAUGCUCCCCUUUCAGAUCAUGUACCAAAUGCAGGGCUUCAACUGGACCUUGGGCACAGGGAUGUGCAACGUACUGACUGUGGUAUUCUAUGCCAACAUGUAUUGCUCUAUUUUGACCAUGACAGCCAUUAGCACUGACCGUUACCUGGGCAUUGUCAAACCGAUGCGCUUCAGAGAACUGAGGGAGAAGAAAAUGUAUGCCGUUGUCACCUGUAUUUUUAUGUGGCUGUUGGUCCUCACGAUUCUGAGCCCGAUGGAAAGCUCAGACUUAACAUUUUAUGUAAGAGAGCGCAACAUUACCACCUGUUUCGACGUGUUAAGGAAGGACAUGCUCCCAACUUCUGCUCACUGGGCGGCAUUCCUGUUCAGCAUGUUCAUCAUUCUCUUCCUCUGUCCGUUCAUUAUAACAGUGUAUUGCUACUUUAAUAUCAUCUUUGUGCUGGUCAGAAGGGCCAAUAGUCAACAGAAAGGCCGUGCUGUGCGCUUGGCAUGCACUGUCCUGUUUGUGUUUAUUUUUUGUUUCACUCCCAAUAACAUACUACUCUUGGCUCACUCAAUUACAAGACUGUACUAUGGGAAAUCUCUCUAUAUCUACUACAAGCUCUCCCUGUCCCUUAGCUGCAUUAACAGUUGCAUUGAUCCAUUUAUAUAUUAUUUUGCCUCCAAAGAGUUCCGUCGAAAGCUAAGGCAAUUGCUGCGGUUGCAGACUCUUAGCACAGCAGAGACUCAGAUGAUUGAGGGUCAUAGGGAGAGCUUUUUCUCUGGUCGCACAACGUGCAAUGCACAUGAAGACUGUGACAAUUUUUAAAGGUGAAGUGUGUCAUUUUUUUUCCAUGUUAAAAAACAGUUUCUCCUAUCUCAAGUUAUUAUGCAGAGACUAAUAUUAGUUAGGCAUUUGUAAGUGGAUUUCUCCGUAAAGUGUCAACACUGUGGCUUUGUUUUGCUAUCAAAAAAUUGCUCUGUUUGCUUAAGCAUCCCAGCUAGCCACAAAUAGCAGCAAUGGCUCAACCAAUGACAUGAGUUUGGGGCGGGACAAUCUGUUUGACCAAUGGAGGAUCGGGGAGUCUUCAGGAGUGUCCUAUUUGAAAAAGGAAAGGCAUGGAAAUUACACACCUCAACUUUAAAGGGAUAGUUCCCAUUCUCAUUAUUUACUCACCCUCGUGAUAUCCCAGGUGUGUAUGACUUUCUUUCUUCACCAGAACACAUUUGAAGAAAAAUAGAAAAAUAUCUUAGUUUACUAGGUCCCUAAAAUGCAAGUGAAUUG